AUGACGAAUAUAGCGGACGACGACGACGACAUCGAUUUCAUUGAUGAAAAUGAUCCGCCAUCACCUGCCUUGUUUGGGCGAAAAAAAGAUGAAUGGACGAGAAAGCUACCACUGGGACCAUCCUCUUCAAAGAACGUUGAAGACAGCAGGAGAGGGGGGGAUGCGGAACCGAGAAGUGAGUCUUCUUUUCCACUGAAGGAGAAAGUCCUCGCAGAAUCGACUCCAACGAAUUCGAGAAGCACCGGUAAAAAAAGCAGCCGUCAUCCAAGCAUUGAUGCAAUUAAGAGCCGCAUGGCAGAACUGUCCGCUGACGGUGAAUUUAUGCUCUUCGAUAGGCGUGCGUGCAUAGGACAUAUAUUGAAGAACGAGCCUAAAGAAGAAGCCAGGUCAAAAAUGGUUGCCAUUCUAGAGCUGGCCGUCAGUCCGCCCAACUCGCCGCAGGACGCAUAUUGCGAGACUGGACCACCAGCUUAUGAAGGAAGGACUCGUUCUCAGAUUUUUGACGAGUACUUAAUCACCCGGAGACCUCAGGCGUUUUUGCGAUUCAUCAAGAUUCUCCCUGACGAGUUCGAGGAUUUCUAUGAAAGUGGUGGUCGUUUGGAGCAUUUCCGCACACACGCCGGCCCCAUAAGUGGACGACAAAUGCUAGUGAUUUCUCUCAGAUAUGUCACACAAGGAAUGUCUUUUUCCACGUUUACUUUAGUCAUUGGAAUAGGGGUCUCGACAGCUGCAGCUAUAGUAAAGGAGGUUACCGAGGCAAUUCUAAUUGUGCUGCAUAGACGAGCUUUUCCCCGCCUGACACGUGGUAAACUGAGGCUGGUUGCAGAGAUGACGCAGGAAAGGUUUGAUUACCCAAGAGCUGUAGGAUUUCUUGAUGGAAAACAUAUCCAUAUAAAGAAGCCUAAGCGCUCGGGCAGCGUACUAUAA